AAUAAAGUCCGCGAGCUGGCGCCAGCGGCCGCGGGGUCGGAGUGUGAGUGACUUUGAAGGCUCGUCUGCUACAGCCAUGAGCGGCUGCAGUAGGGGUAGGAAGUCCUCCCGCGCUAAGAGCCGGGGCAAAGGCCGAGCCAAAGGCCGUGUCCGCGGCGUUGCAGACGACGCCCCGCGCGACCCGGACCCUCCACGGUGCCCGGGGCCCGGGGAGGAAGCCCAGGCGGCACAGGUGCAGGCUGGCGCGGGGCGGGGUGGCCUGGAAACCGCCGCGCCCGCGGACCCCCGCCCGCGGGCCGAGGAGGCCACCUGCCGCCUCCCCCUGGACUGCGGCCUGGCCAUGCGGGCCCGGGCUGCGGGCGGGCGCGGUCGGGGGAAGCCCACGGCGCUGUCCUGGGGACACGCUGGCUUCGUGGGGACCGUGGAUAGGCAGAGAAAUGGUCCCCGCGUGGGCGACCGGUGCUGCCCGCUGGGCAAGAAGUUCCCGGAGACGUGCAGCGCGGCGGGGAGGGCGCCCCAGGCCGCGGCCGGUGGUGGUGGUGGCGAAGCCGAGAAAGCGGGUCCCGGGGAGGGUGGCCCGGCCGCCGCCCCCGUGGCCGUGGCGGAGGAGGAGCAGGCGGAGAAGGAUGCGGGGGCCGGGCCGCCCGCCACGGAGGGCAGCAUGGACACGCUGGAGACCGUGCAGUCGAAGCUGGAGACCAUGAACGCGCAGGCCGACCGGGCCUACCUGCGCCUGUCGCGCAAGUUCGGGCAGCUGCGGCUGCACCACCUGGAGCGCCGCAAUCUGCUGAUCCAGAACAUCCCGGGCUUCUGGGGCCAGGCCUUCCAGAACCACCCCCAGCUGGCCGGCUUCCUCAACCCCCAAGAUAAAGACGUCCUGGCCUUCUUGAAUAGCCUGGAGGUGGAAGAGCUCGGCCUGGCCAGGCUGGGCUACAAAAUCAAGUUCUAUUUUGGGCGCAACCCCUAUUUUCAAAAUAAAGUGCUUAUAAAGGAGUAUGGGUGUGGGCCUUCGGGCCAGGUGGUGUCUCGGUCCACUCCCAUCCAAUGGCUCCCAGGGCACGAUCUCCAGACCCUAAGCCAGGGGGAUGCAGAAAACAGCCGUAGCUUCUUUGGGUGGUUUCAGAACCACAGCUCCAUCGAAUCCGACAAGAUUGUGGAGAUAAUCAACGAAGAAUUGUGGCCCAACCCCCUGCAGUAUUACCUUAUGAGUGAAGGGGCCCGGGCAGAGAAAGGAAAAGAGGACAAGCAGGACGCGGGAAAGCAGCCCGGUGAAACCCCAGGGCCUGCCGGGAACCAGCCCAAGUGAUCCCGCGGCGAGGUCCUCCGACCUCGUGCUGGACCCGUGGCUGGCCGACCACCUGUGUUUGGCUGUUUGCCUCCUCACUGCAACCCUUUUGGAUUUCAGCUAAGCAGAAUACGACACUUAGGAUCAUGUUCUUUUGCCUUGCUGUGGCAUUGUUUUUUUUUGGAAUUUAUGUCUCAUGUUAUUAUGAGGUCUCACUCCUACUGUUCAUAUGCUAAGUUCACAUGCUUCAGAUACCUGCAUUUGUCUACGGUGCCAGGAUCCUGUUCUUGACUCUGCCCUGGCCCACUGGUCUUGAACAUGGACACUCAUGAGUCAUCCCCCAGGAAGACCAGUAUGUCCUCAAGCUCUUCUACUCCAGGGCCAGUGACUUGCAGGGCUCCCUGCUCAUGCCAGCCAUGCAUGCCAAUCCAUGUUAGGCUUUUCUUAAUGCCCUUCCAGAAUGAAGCCAGUGCAUGUGGUGUUGUCCAUCAGCCAACACUUACGGGUCCAUGACCCUGGGGUCACCAGUCAAGGUGGCAUCUAUACUAAAUCACUGGCUUUAGUGUGGUGGCCCUUGCCACCCAGCCUGCUGGACGUGUAGCAGAGUGGCACCUGACUGCUUGGUAUGGAUAACUUUAAGGGCAAGAAGCAGUAUGCUAUGUGUUCUGUGCCAUCGUGCAUUUUUUGUUGCCUCUGGGGCCUUCUGGUGAACCCUCAGCAGUCUGCCCCAGUCCCUGCCACUAUCAGGCCAUUGAGUUUUGUUUAGGUUGAUCUCUACUCCAGAUGUUUUCCUGGUCAAUAAGGAACUCAGGAACUUCGGGUGGAUCCAGCCCUCCCCCUGCCAGUUCAACACACACACACACACACACACACACACACACACACUCCCCAUCUUACCAUGGGAAGACUGCCAGGCUGGCUGGUACGUAUGGACCUGUGCUCACUGUCGUCAUGCUGUCACUCCAAGUGAGGACCAACACAGACUGUAGGGACUUUGUCAGUUCCCCAUAUUCUGUCUUUACAUGCGACCAGAGUGCUGGAUUGGGGACCCUGUGCAAGAGCUAAUUCUGACCAGUGGACCUGUGCUGACUUGACUUCCUCUACGUUUAGUCCCCAGUCCCUCCUUUACUGUUCUUCCUUCACCUUCUCCUCACCUUCUCUUCUCUGCCCUUCCUCCUGACUUUCUACUUUCUCCUCCAUAUCCCCUCUCCCAUUCUUCUUCUUCUUUCUCUUCUUCCCCUUCUCCACUUCCUCCUCAUUUUUAAUAGUACCACAGCUCUGGGAGAGGAAACUGAAAAAGCCAGGAUUUUCUUCCUGCAGCCCGUGAGACCAGUGGGUUUGCUAUGCAUAUACCACACGCCACACCGGGCAAAGUAAGAAGAGAGGAAAUGAGAAGAAGGCCCAGUGGGGUGGGUACUGACUCCUGGGUUCACUCUCUAAUUCUCAAAUGGAACAUUCUUUUCAGGACUCUGCACCUACUAGAACUGUAAACUCCAAGGCCACAGUUCUGUGAACUAGUUUUUACUCUGGUUCCAACUAUUUGUUCCUGCUGUCACCCAGAUACCUUCCUUUAUGGCAUGCUUAGCAUCCCUACCUUUUCAGUACUCUGCAAUGGGAAUCCCAGGACCCUCUCCUGGGCCUUGAGUGGUGGAGGGGAUGGAGCAGUCCUGGAUCUCCCAGGCAUUUCCAGUGGGUCCUCGGAGCUGGGGCCUCCCUGUGUAGACUCACCGGGGGGGUGGGGGAGUUAGAACUGUAUCUCUACUUGCCCUCCUCUUAACUUCUCUUUCCUCUUGGAAGAUAAUACUCUAAAUUUCCCCAAGGGCUGGAGAGAUCUUGAUUCACAAUUUUUCGGAGGUGUGCUGGGCCCGGAUGGGAGAACUAAAGGGAACAGAUACGGGCACAGUGAUGGCUAGAAGAAGGUGUGGCUAUGUGUAUGUGGAAGAUUAAUAUGCUGCUUAUGUUGUCUAUGUUGCCACUGUCUGCAUUUUUUUUUUUUUUUGCCUAAUGAGAAGGUAGCACUUUUUUUUUUUUUUAAAUGAAGUUUUUGUUCUUCAUUAUAGAUAUUUUCAAGUAUGCAGAAGUGGAGAGGUGAUCCCUGCACCCCAUGUACUCACCACCUAGCUACAUCAGUUAUUAAUUAUAGUCAACCUGGUCUCAUCUGUUUUGUGCUUUUCCUGCCUGUUUGUUUAUCAGAAGUUCAAGGCUCUGUGCCAAUUCAACUGUGACUGCUUUGAGGAACUUGGACUCUUUUUUUUUUUUUUUUGGUGGUGAUAGUGAUGGGGUGCACUAUCAUUAUCACAUCAGGUAUUUUUUUUUUUAUUGUGAACUAAUGAAGUUCCAGAGAUGGUCCUUAGAAAAGAAAGCCUUCAGAUUUAACCGGGAGUCUCCAGAGGUGAUGGGAUGCUUCCCUGCCUGCGGCCACAAAGGAAAAUUGUUGUGUUGUAAACUCAGAGAGUUAUAUAUGAUAGGGUGCUUACUUGAGACGUUUUACCAGAACAUCAGUACUUGGUGCUUGUUUGUUUGUUUUUGUUUUUCCUAUGAAAGUCAAAGGCUUGUGUGACUGUAACAGAAUUAUCAGCUUGUCCUGGUCUCAUAAUAUAACUCUGGUUUUUUAAGUAUAGUUUGGAAAUUGUUCCUAUGUUCUGUGGAAAAAAAAAAAAGAAACCAAAAAACGCCCCCAAAUAACCAGUAAUAGUUGUCUUAUUUGGUAGUUUGACACCCUGGUAAUAAUGCAAUUAUUUCUGUGUUCUCAAACUGUAUAAAUAGUUGUAGACUUGCUUGCUUGCAUGAUGGAAAAAAAUAAAAGUUUGUAUCUCUGUUA